GCUUGGGGGGGGCCCGCUGGGUGUGGGGCGGCUCCGGGGCCGGGGAUGGCGGCGGCCGCGGUGGCGGCGGCUCCGGGACGAGCGGGAGGAGUGCAGGGAGCUCCGUGAGAUGGGCCGGCUUCCAAGCCAGAGGAGAGGACACUUGCCACAGCCACUCAGGAGCACCACCAGAAGCUCAGCAGAUGUGGGCACCCCAACCAGCAGCAGAGAGGGUGCAGGGAAGCCACAGAGAAGUCCCUUCUGAUGCCCGAAGGAGCAAGCAAACCCCAUCCAGGCUCCAGGAACAUCACAAAGCAAUAUGAAACCUGUUCAUGAGAGGAGUCAGGAAUGCCUUCCACCAAAGAAACGAGACCUCCCUGUGACCAGCGAGGAUAUGGGGAGAACUACCAGCUGCUCCACCAACCACACACCCUCCAGUGACGCCUCUGAAUGGUCCAGAGGGGUUUUGGUGGCUGGUCAGAGCCAGACGGGAGCCAGAGUCAGCCUUGGGGGUGACGGAACUGAGGCCAUCACUGGUCUGACAGUAGAUCAGUAUGGCAUGCUGUAUAAGGUGGCUGUGCCACCUGCUACCUUCUCACCAACUGGCCUCCCAUCUGUUGUGAACAUGAGCCCCUUACCCACCACGUUUAAUGUAGCGUCUUCACUGAUUCAGCACCCAGGAAUCCACUAUCCCCCAGUCCACUAUGCUCAGCUCCCAUCCACCUCACUGCAGUUUAUUGGGUCUCCUUACAGCCUUCCUUAUGCCGUGCCACCUAACUUCCUACCCAGUCCUCUUCUUUCUCCUUCUGCCAACCUUGCCACCACUCACCUUCCACACUUUGUGCCAUAUGCCUCACUCCUAGCCGAAGAAGCUACCCCACCUCCGCAGGCUGCAUCCCCAGCCCAGUCAUUUAACAAAUCCUCUACUGCCACCUCCCCACCCGGCCAGUUGCCGCAUCACUCGAAUACUCAACCACUGGAUCUUGCUCCAGGCCGGAUGCCCAUUUAUUAUCAAAUGUCUAGGCUACCUGCUGGAUAUACCUUGCAUGAAACUUCAGCAGCAGGCGCCAGCCCCGUUCUUACCCCUCAGGAGGGCCAGUCUGCUCUGGAAGCAGCUGCUGCCAAUGGACAGAGACAUCGAGAGCGAAACGUCAGACGAGAAAGUGAAGCCCUUGACUCCACCAGCGGCAAGGGUGAGAGCCAGGGACUGGUGCCGGUGGUAGAAUGUGUGGUAGACGGACAGUUGUUUUCAGGUUCUCAGACUCCACGAGUGGAGGUGGCAGCACCAGCACACCGAGGGACCCCAGACACUGACCUUGAGGUCCAGCGUGUAGUUGGCGCUUUAGCUUCUCAGGACUAUCGUGUGGUGGCAGCUCAGAGGAAAGAUGAAUCCAGUCCUCUUAACCUAUCCCAUCAUACCCUUGACCACCAGGGUGAGGGACGAGGGUCAGCCAGAAAUCCUGCAGAACUGGUGGAGAAGAAUCAGGCCCGUGUGUUCUACCCUCAACCCCAUCAGGAACCAGUAAAACACAGACCUUUACCCAAAGCAAUGGUUGUAGCCAAUGGCAACGUGGUGCCCACUGGAACUGACCCUAGCCUGUUGCCUGUGGGCUCAGAGAUCCUGGUGGCAUCAAAUCUGGACAUGCAGGCCAGAGCCACCUUCCCAGACAAGGAGCCAACGCCACCUCCUGUCACCUCCUCCCACUUGCCCUCCCAUUUCAUGAAAGGCGCCAUUAUUCAGCUGGCGACAGGGGAGCUGAAGCGGGUGGAGGACCUCCAAACCCAGGAUUUUGUGCGCAGUGCCGAAGUAAGUGGGGGGCUGAAGAUCGACUCCAGCACAGUCGUGGACAUUCAGGAGAGCCAGUGGCCUGGAUUUGUCAUGCUGCAUUUCAUGGUUGGUGAACAGCAGAGCAAAGUGAGCAUUGAGGUGCCCCCCGAGCACCCCUUUUUUGUAUAUGGCCAGGGUUGGUCUUCAUGCAGCCCUGGGCGGACUGCACAACUCUUCUCUCUGCCCUGCCAUCGGUUACAGGUGGGAGAUGUCUGCAUCUCUAUCAGUUUACAGAGCUUGAACAGUAACUCAGUUUCUCAGGCCAGCUGUGCUCCCCCAGGCCAGCUGGGUAUACCCCGAGAAAGGCCUGAGAGGACGGUCUUGGGGCCCAGAGACCUAUGUGACAGCGAGGGGAAGAACCAGCCUUCAGGAGAGGGAUCCCAGCCUGAGCCUGGUGCUCAGGCCUGCUGGCCAGCCCCAAGCUUCCAAAGAUACAGCAUGCAAGGGGAGGAGACACGGGCUGCGCUGCUGCGUCCCUCUUUCAUUCCACAGGAGGUAAAGCUGUCCAUUGAAGGACGUUCUAAUGCAGGAAAAUGAGCCUCCUUCCCAGCCCAGGACUGGGGCUUCAUCCCUAGGGGUAAGCCUCACCGUGAGCAGUCAGAGAAUUUGCACAUGCCAAGCAGAGAAUGGCUCUCUUGGCAGUGAGAUUCGGAGGAAAUAGGAGGCAUGAGGUCAGCCUCCCAAAGCAGGAUCUGUUGCUCGUUACCCCGUGGCAUCCUUUCAGGAUGGCCCUAGAGGGUGCUGAGAUGAGGAAGAGCAGGCUUGGAGCAAGAGAGGGUGGGAGUGCACAUAGGGUAAGAAACAUUCCAAAAUCAGGGCCUCCCUGGUUUUCCCUACUUAUCCCUGGCUCCUGCAAGGGAAGAAAGUACAGGCUUUGGGAGCAGGUGGCAGAGGGAGGGAGCAAAGAAAGAGCCAAAAAUGAUCCACAGCUUAUAGUAGCAGUCAAACUGUUUUCUUUCUUUUUUCCUUUUCUCCCCGCCCCUUUGGUGGGAGGGCAGGAGGCCCAGGGGUUGAAAAUAAGAGGGUUCCCACCCAGAACUCUUCUUGUAAGAGACGUGCACUUUAAAGGGUGAUUUUGUUACAGAAGUUUAUGGCUGGGUUUGGGGUUGGGGAGCACCAUAAUCUACAGAACUCUGCUUGAUCCUUCGCUUCUGCCCGUUGCCAUGUCACCUCACCAUUCCUCUUUAAGGCUUUCUAGCAGUUUAGGGGCCAGGAGAGAGAGAGAGAGAAA